AUGACGGACGCCAUACCAGAUUUGGCACUGGAAAUGAUCGUUGCGGCUGCUUUUGAACAUCCUGUACUUCCACCGCCCCGAACACCACUGUCAGCUUUCCGACGAGUUUUGCAACUGAUCGCAAGGCACAACUGGACGGCUCGGCCACUUUUCGUCGACUUUGACAAUGCCUGGAAUGAAGAAGAAAUCGCGAAGCUCGAAUCGAAUUUUGUCAAAAUGCGUCCAAUUUUGCCACCCAUGGUGAUAAUUACCAAUGAAGACCCGGUCGGAUCUAAAUGGACUCGUGACGGACCAACUCCGUUAAUGCUGAAACGAAUUAUAGCAUUGGCAACCUCUACUUUAAAAGUGCUUGAUGUGAACUAUGAGAAUGACAAACGGGUGGACCUUCAGGCCGCGCUUUCAUCCGUAGACAUGUCCAUUUAUGAUGCGAUAAUUGAAAUAUAUCCAAAAAUGGUGGUUCGUAAGGAUGUUGCAUAUGAGCAGCCCCAAAACGUAAAGGCAUUACCAGUGGUGAAUUUUGAUCCCAUAGAGGAACUGGUCUACGAACUGAAUGCACAUUUCCAACAUGUGGCUUUAUUCUUCUGGAAUCGUUAUGGUGGUGAUUGUAUCGGUCUUAAAUGGAAGCCACAUGAGAUGGAGGUACCAGCUAAGAUAUCGCGGUGUUGUUUGCACCAUGCCAGGGAUAAAGGAGCCUCUGAUCUCCUACUGAACAAAGAAGAAGUCCUGGAAGGAAUACGGAUAUUGGGUAGAGGAAUUGUUAAGGAUAUUCAUUGUAAAUAG